AUCUACACACUCACCUCUUCUAUAUCAUCCGCCAUACCAUAAGAAGACCGUAGUACGUACUCGUAGUUUAGGUCGUCAUGGAGUCAUUGAAAAGCCUUGUGUUGUCCUCGUCAUCCGACGAUUCCGACGAUGAGAUUGAUACCUUGUUGCUUGCCCAACAUGUUGACCACCUUGUACAAGGAGACACGAGCACGCGCCGUAGGCGCUCCUCAUUGCCUCGCCGAGUUAUCCAUAGGGACCACGCUGCUGGAGAAAAUCUCAUCAAACAUCACUACUUCGGACCUAAUCCUGUGUAUCCAUCACAUGUUUUUCGUCGAAGGUUUCGGAUGCAUCGUCCUUUGUUCCUACGUAUCCUUCGUGCCGUUCAGCGAGAAGACGAAUACUUCACUAUUCGUUGUGAUGCAACAGGUUUAGCAGGGCUUGGUCCAUUGCAAAAAGUAUGUGCUGCAUUGCGUAUCCUUGCGUACGGGUUACCAACCGAUGCGGUAGAUGAGUACAUACAGAUUGGACAGACUACCGCUAGGGACUGCCUUAUCCGUUUUUGUCGCGCAAUCAUAUCUUCCUUUAGCGAACGAUACCUUUGUAUCCCUAACCACGACGACAUUGCUCGCAUACUACGUGUAAACGCCGACAGGGGGUUUCCUGGUAUGCUAGGCUCUAUCGAUUGUAUGCAUUGGGAAUGGCGCAACUGUCCUACUGCAUGGCGCGGACAGUUUUGUGGGCGAAAUUCGAGGCCAACAAUGAUACUAGAGGCAGUCGCUGGGUACGAUUUGUGGAUUUGGCAUGCCUUCUUUGGAAUGCCUGGUACCAACAAUGAUCUCAACGUGCUUCAUCGCUCACCUGUGUUUGAUCCGUUACGUAAUGGGACGAUGCCACCAGUGCACUUCACUAUUAAUGGGACUACUUACAAUUUCGGAUACUACUUAGCAGAUGGCAUAUAUCCAAAUUGGCCUACCUUUGUAAAAGCUAUUCGCCACACAUUUGAGGAGAAAAAGGUUCACUUUACAACCAAGCAAGAGAGUUGUCGAAAAGACAUUGAGCGAGCAUUUGGAGUUUUGCAGGCUAGGUGGGCUGUUCUACGUGGACCUGCUUAUGGUUGGGAUCGUAAUCACCUCGCAGAGAUGAUGACUGCUUGCAUUAUUAUGCACAACAUGAUUGUCGAGGACGAAGGAGAUGGUGCAGCUAAUGUCGACUUCAUUGGCCCCUCUGGGCCGCCUGAACCGUGCAACAAUACUGCUGAGGACCGCAACGAGUGGCUGAACAAUCAUAUCCGCUCCGAGUUACCCAACGAUCCGGACCAGGACAUCACCUGUGAGGCAACAUACUUGUCUUUACAGCACAACCUCAUAGAACACCUCUGGGCUCGUCGAGGCUCCAUGGGUUGAUGCAUUUUAUCCAAAUGAUGUGCUACACCAAUGUUGUUUACUUUGAAUUAUGAACUAAAUGAUGUGUACCAGGAUUAGUAGUCGUAUGUGGUUUGUAUGUCCGUAGUUCAGAAGUCAUGGUUCCUUGUAAGUGUAAUGCCUCUGGUACAAAUAAGUUUGCAUAUGUUUCCUAACUUCAAGUAAUGUAUCAUAAUCCUUAUUAUCAAUAUCAAUAAUGUGAAAAUAAA